GCAGGAUCAUCGGCAAGCAGUUCAAUGAGCAGAGCCAGUAUAUCCGCCAGAUUGGACGCGGCCUCAGGUCACAGUCAGGCAGACCCUGUCGAACACCUAGUCAGGAAAAUGUUCAACUUCAACAUCAGGAUCUACGACGACAAAUUACAUAAAACGAUUCGAGAUGAGGUACCGGAGGAAACAAAACAGGAAGCAAAACGUGACAGCAAUUCGACGCAGCAUCCAAUCAUCGAGGCCCAAAAUUGGUGUGUUGAGUAUGUUUCGGAAGAAAAAAUCUUUCUAGGUACUGAUGUUUUAUUUUUCGUGGGAGAUCGUAGACCAUACUUCACAUUUCAAGUAGGUUUAGAAAUCUUUCUCAAAACUUUUAACAAAUUGAGAUAUAGUAAGAAAAGCUAUAAGAGGGAGAUGCUGUAA